GGGAGGGAGAGCAGAGGUGGGGAGGCUUGGCGGUGCCCUCAGAGCAGAGUGAGUGACCUCUACCUCCGCCCUCCUCGGCGUCUGCUCCGGGAACUGCACCCUCAUUACCCUAAGGGAGCACACAUGCUCAGGUAUUGACGCGGGGGCGGGGACUGUGUGCACGGGUGACACGGCUGACCUGAGCAGCCUCUUAAGGAACGCUGGAGGCAAAACCCCGCACGCGCUCUGCACCUGUACACGCGGGUGCCCGCCUCGCAGGCAUCUUCUCGGACUCGGGGAGCAAAAACACUCUCGGAGACACACCUAGACACCAGUGGGCACGUCUGCAGAGACUCUGCGCUGAACACGUGGGCAGACGAGCACACGCUCACGGCGGGGCACCUGAAGACUGGAACACCUGCGGCUUCCGCAAUAAAUAUCAAGGCUUAUUGGUACAAGAAGGAAAUUUCGAACAGCAGAAAAAGUAAGACCACCACUGGACUAUAUUUAACCAGCCCGUUCACCUUGAAGCUGAUGGACAUUGUAUGGCCCAGAGGCAGGAAUGGUCGGCUAUGACCCCAAAGCAGAUGGCAGGAAUAUCUCCAAAUUCGAGGUGGCACUGUCUGGGUCUUUGUCUGGAUUUGUCACUCGGGCAUUGAUCAGCCCCUUGGACGUCAUCAAGAUCCGUUUCCAGCUUCAGAUUGAGCACCUGUCUCGCAGUGACCCCAAUGCAAAGUAUCAUGGGAUCCUACAGGCCGGGAGACAGAUUCUGCAGGAGGAGGGCCCAACAGCAUUCUGGAAGGGACACAUUCCAGCCCAGCUUCUCUCCAUAGGCUAUGGAGCUGUCCAGUUUUUGUCAUUUGAAAUGCUGACCGAGCUGGUGCACAGAGCCAGUGUGCACGAUGCCCGCGACUCUUCGGUGCACUUUGUGUGUGGCGGCCUGUCUGCCUGCGUGGCCACCCUUGCCGUGCAUCCUGUGGACGUCCUGCGCACCCGCUUUGCAGCUCAGGGUGAGCCCAGGGUGUAUAAAACCCUGCGGGACGCUGUGGCCACCAUGUACAGGACCGAAGGCCCCUUGGUCUUCUACAAAGGCUUGACCCCCACCUUGAUUGCCAUCUUCCCCUAUGCCGGCUUCCAGUUUUCCUUCUACAACUCCCUGAAGCACAUGUACGAGUGGGUCACGCCAGCCGAAGGAAGGAAAAACGAGAACCUUAAAAACCUGCUUUGCGGCAGCGGGGCUGGAGUCAUCAGCAAGACCCUUACGUACCCCCUGGACCUCUUCAAGAAACGGCUGCAGGUUGGAGGGUUUGAGCAGGCCCGCGUCACCUUCGGCCAGGUCCGAAGCUACCAGGGCCUCCUGGAUUGCGCCAGGCAGGUGCUUCGGGAGGAAGGCGUGCCGGGCUUCUUCAAGGGCCUGUCCCCCAGCCUGCUGAAGGCCGCCUUGUCCACCGGCUUCGUGUUCUUCUGGUAUGAGUUCUUCUGCAACCUCUUCCACCACAUGAAGAAGGCAGACAGCGAGCCUUGAGGCCGGAAGCUGGCCUGAGGUCUGUCA